AUGACACAAACCAGCCCUCCAGGCCUAUCAGAUAGUCAAUAUGCGAAAAAAGCGAUACGUUAUAUAAAAAUUCUAAAUAGUUUACGAGGACAUUGUGCUCAACAAACUGUUGAUUUGCCGACUAUUGUGUUCUGUGGUAAUCAGUCCGCGGGGAAGAGUAGUUUGUUGGAGGCCAUUUCCGGUGUACAGCUGCCACGCUCAGACGGCACGUGUACUCGAUGCGUCAUGGAAAUCCGCUUAGUGGAAUCAAAAGAGCCUUGGCAAUGUCAAUUAAAACUAAGAAGAGAAUAUGACGACUACGAUGAUAAAAAACUAUCGCUCCCAGAAGAAAACUUUGGUAAUCUUAUCGAAGAUUCAGCAGAUGUAGAACUCAUGGCAAGACGUGCACAGAAAGCUCUUCUUAAUCCUAGGGAGAAUUGGAAAAAAUAUCUCUAUUGGACCUUUGCAGAGGAUCCUGAAGAAGAUGCAGAGCAAAACGAAAUAAAAUUUACGAAAAAUGUUGUAUGUUUAGAAAUUAAAGGUCUUAAAGUACCUAAUUUAAGUUUGAUUGAUUUGCCUGGAAUUAUUCGUCACACAGAAAGUACACGAGACGAAAAAUUCAUCAAAGUAAUACAGGACUUAGUUCAGUUCUACAUCGAAAAUGAAAAAUCCAUCAUUAUCGCGACUAUUUCCUGUAAAGAUGAAAUUCAAAAUCAGGCAAUUGUCGGAUUAGCUAAGAAAGUGGACAAAUCCGGUGCAAGAACUCUAGGCGUCCUUACAAAACCCGAUACAAUCGAAAAUAGUGAAGAAAACAAAUGGUUAAAAAUUAUGCGAGGUGAAUCGCAUAGACUCGAAUUAGGAUACUAUAUUGUGAAAAAUCCUUCUCCAAGUGAGCUUAAAGAUAGAACGGACUUUGAUUCAGCACGAAAGGCGGAAAAAGAAUUCUUUAAAAAAUCACCCAUUUGGCAUCAUUCUCAUUUUCAAAGCAGAAUCGGCGUAGAAAAUUUACGUGAUAAAUUGAGUGAUUUGCUUAUAAAACGCAUUGAAAGUGGACUUCCUUCAAUAAAAAAAGAAGUUGAAGAGCAACUUGAUGAGGUUCGUGCUAAACUUGAAAAAUUGCCUGAUCCUAUAACCGGAAACCCACAGUUCGAACUUAACCGCAUGGUCGGAAAUUGUGCAUCUGCGAUAGAAAAAGAGACAAAAGGUGAAAAGAUAGAUCUGUGGCAAGAAGUAAACAAAGAAUUCGAACGAUUUAAAAUUGAGCUCUGCAGUACACGACCAAUAUUUGUUGUCGGUAAAUUAAGCGACGGCAACGCUGCAAAAUUCGACGUCUUGAGAGAAUUUCUGGAUCCGGAAAAAACGGAAUUUAACCUUGGUUUGGAUGAAUCCGAGCCGCUUAAAGAAAUUACUGAGGCGGAUAUUCAGCGUAGAAUCAAUGAUGCUAGAGGAAGACAUUUGCCGGGAUUUAUACCGUAUUCUACCGCGUUAGUGUCGAUAAAAGAUUUUCAAGAGAAAUGGAAAAACACUGCGAUUCACUGUUUAUCAAAUAUUCAUGGUAUUAUGAGUAAAGUAGUUGAAAAGUCGAUUGAAGCGAUCUUUGCUCGAUUUCCGUUGCUCGUAGGACUUAUGAAACACAAUGCCAUGAACUGGCUGGAUGAAUGCAAGAAAGAAACACUCGAACGACUUAAAUUCAACAUGUCGAUGGAAUCUUCUUACCCAUAUAGUUUGGACGAAGGAUCGAUGUUUGAAGGAAAAAUCGCCUAUCUUGCAGCUCUCCAAACAGCAGUUCGGAACGAUGACAAUCGACAACCAUCCGAUAAUCUAGAGUUAAUCGCUACGUUGAUGGCCUACUUCAAACUAUCAUUCAAACGGUUCGUUGACUCCGUUGCAAUGACUAUCAUACAUGCAUUUAUCGACAGGUAUCCCAAGUUUAUUGAGGAAAAACUACUGAUACCAAUCAUAGAAAGCGAAGAUGGUGAAGGGAUGGAUGUUCGUGAACUGAUACAAGAAGAUAGCUCUAUUAUUAAUACUCGUGAGGAAUUGUUCCAGCGUCAGAAGCAAAUGCAGGAGGUUUUAAAUGAUUUGGUGCGAUUUGGUAUUUGA